GUUCUCUAUACUAUAGUUUCAAAGCAAAGAGUAGGAAAAAAAACCAUGCAAUCUCCUACUCUAAAAUGCUGUUUCCAAUUUGUUCCCUUGAUAUUUCUUCUCUUUCUUUUAUCAUUAAACCCAGCUUCCUCAGCCAGUAUAUCAAUAUGUAACCCAGACGAUAAGAACACCCUUAUUUCAAUCAAACACCAUUUCAACAAUGCCUCCGUGUUCAGCACUUGGGAUCGAAACACAGAUUGUUGUACAAAUUGGUCAGGCAUUGAGUGUGAUCCACAAGGACACGUUACUAUGCUUGCAGUUGGCAGUGAUGAUGAUGUUAUAGGUGAAAUCCCACCUUCAAUGGGAAAUCUCCCUUACCUCCAAUUCCUGGCCUUUUCCGUCUUUUCCCACCUCUCUGGUCCAAUCCCACCAUCCUUAUCAAAACUCACAAACCUUCAACACCUUGAUCUUAGCCUAAACAACCUUACUGGCUCAAUACCAGAUUUUAUAAACCAACUUAAGAAACUAGACGAUAUUGAUCUCUCUUCAAACAGUCUCACAGGGUCAAUCCCUUCAUCACUGAGCAAACUCCCCAAACUUAGGACUGCUAACCUUGGUUCGAACAAACUCUCUGGUCCUAUCCCUUCUUCCCUUGGCUUCAUCAAAACCUUGGAACAACUUUAUCUUUACUCUAAUAGCCUCUCAGGGUUAAUCCCAUCUUCUUUCUCUCGUCUUCCUAAACUCAAUGAACUCGAUCUAAGACAAAACGAGUUAACUGGAACAAUCCCAACUUCAUUUGGCUCAUUCAAGAACCCUGAUCUAAACCUCGACUUCUCAUUCAACAAGCUAUCAGGACCAAUCCCAAACUCAUUCGGAAAAGCAAAUAUAACAAAACUUGAUAUCUCUAACAAUAACUUCACUGGGGAUGCGUCGUUUUUGUUCUCUAAGGAGAAGACAGUGUUAAACUCCAUAGACAUAAGCAAUAAUCUUUUCAACUUCGAUUUUUCUAAUGUUGAUCUUCCUAUGGGAUUGAAGAAUCUUGAUAUAAGCCAUAAUAUGGUUUUUGGUUUGCUUCCUAAACGACUUGGACAGUUGCCGUUGCAAACAUUGGAUGUUAGCUUUAAUCAACUUUGUGGACAGAUACCAACUGGAAGGCGUUUGAAGCAGUUUAGCGUCGCUAAGUUUUCUAAUAACAAAUGUUUGUGUGGUUCACCAUUAGCCUCGUGCAAUUAGUGCCAAUUUAGAGGACCACUGCCUUAUGUAUUUUGAGUUAUUAAUUUAUUACACGUUCAACUCCUAAAUCCUACGUAUUUUGAGGAGACACUCCUAAAUCCUACUCCAUAAUAAGACUUUUUUCUUAACUUAAAAAUGUAAUAGUGUGUUUACAUUUGCCAAUGUAGAAAAAAAAAGAAGCUAUUUCCAUUGUGGAAUUUCAUCAUCAAAAUAUUUUGCACUUACAAGGUGUACAAGUUUUUAUAACUUUUAAUAUAUUUUAAUUUACUUUUA